AUGUCCGGUUUCAAGUAUCAUAACGAGGAAGGCGCGGGCCAAAAUCUCAGCGACCUCUACCACUAUUCUCAGGCCGUGGUCUUGGGCGAAACUAUCAAAUGCUCAGGACAGGGUGGCUGGGAUAAUACUGGGAAACUAGAUGGAGAUGAUACGAAGGGUCAAAUCGACCUUGCUUUCGAUAAUGUGGAUCGUGUAUUACAGGCGGCUGGCCUACGUGGAUUGGAGGAUGUGUACCUGGUCAGGUCCUAUCACGUUGAUCUGGGAGCUUCGUUCGACCUCUUCGUUGAACGGCUCAAGGAGCGGAUUCCUAGCCAUCGGCCUGCCUGGACGUGUAUCGGGGUCUCGCGCCUAGCACUCCCUGAGAUGCUAAUCGAAAUUGAGGUUGAGGCAAAAUCACAAACCUCGAUUAAUUAA